AUGGCUUUCUACGAGGUCUACUCGCAUCCGGCUCUGGUUCGGUACAGGACGAGUGUUUGCAGCAAAGCGUCCGUGUUCCUGCUCCUGGUCCUGGGCCUCACGUACAUCGUCCCCCUGCUGGUCGCCUACAGGAGCCAAGGGUUCUGGAUCAAGGCGAGCAGCUACGAGGAGCAGCCGCUGGUUCGGUACCAGUACCAGGUUCUGCUGGUGGCAGCUACCGGUCCACGGGACCACUUGGCCUGGAGCACCUACCCCAACCUGAACCACAUGCUGGGGUCCCGGCUCCGGAUCCCGCUGGUCUCUGUGAGAGAGGAGGACACCAACCAGGACGGGAAGUUUGACCUCCUGACCUUUAAACUGCAGCUGCCCCUGACAGCAGAGGAGCAGGUGACCAGCGUCCAGCUGCUGCUCAGCUUCAGCUACCAGCUCUUUCGGAUGUCCACGGUGGUGAUGCAGAGCCUGGUCUACGUGCAGCACUCGUCUUCUGUCCCCGGAGCCAAGCUGUUCCUCAGUGGAGACCUGAGGCUGCAGCAGAGGACGCCCCUGCCUCACAGAGGACUGUACAACAUCUACAACGUGUCUGUGAUCGACGGCUCGAGUCCCUUUGCGAGUGCGUACGACCUGGAGGACAUCAUCAGGAGAUACAGGGAAAGAAACUUGACCACCGUGCUGUCCUGUCCCAUGCCCGUGUGGACAGUGGGACGAGCUGCUGGUUCCCCCUUUGAGCUCAAUGCAGUGAUCCGUUACCCAGUGGAGGUCAUUACCUAUCGCCCCGGGUUCUGGGAAACCAUCAAGUUUGCGUGGAUCCAGUACGUCAGCGUCCUCCUCAUCUUCGUGUGGCUCUUUGAACGGAUCCAGAGAUUUGUUUUCCAGAACCAGGUUCUGACCACCGUGCCCAUACCAGUGGGGAAAGCUCACAUGUCGUGAUGCGCUGGUAGUUACUGGGACUUCAGGUCACAAUCACAUGUCUCACAAUGACUCACCAACAACAAACCACUGAGUUUCAGGGAGCAGCAAUUUUAUUAGCUUUGUAAAAACACAUUCAGAACAUCCAGUAAACUUGCAGUUCCAUCAGUGUUCUCUGGGAGAUAUGUGCUGCAGUUGUAACCUGUGCCCUCAACAAUACUUUACUCACAAUAUGAAUUAUUAUACAAUUUUACACAUCAGAGCUCACUGCAGCUUUGAAACAAAUGUUUUGACUCCAUAUCAGUUUAAAUCCCUGUCAAUAUGAACACGCCUGAAAACGCACCACGGACAUGGGGAUUGUGUCAAACAGCUCAAACAUUAUCUUGUCUCCUACAUAUUAACAGUCGUACCAUUGUAACAUACAGUGGAAUUGUCAUGGUUAUCAAAAAGCCCUUUAAACUGAAACAGAGUCUCCACACGUCUCUGAGCGUCUCUCAGCUCCGCAGCCGUGUGGACGCCACACGUGUCUGAAGCAGAGCUGCUGUGUAGUUGUGUGGUUGUUUCCUUAAAGUCUUAAGUUCAUGGUUGUGCGUUGAUCAGAGCAGGCAGCGCUUCGACAGUUUCCUCUUUCCACUUCUGUGUGGGCUUCUUCAUGAAAACAUGCUGAAAGAUGCAAAACUUCUUUUAUAUAAUCGUCUUCUCCUGGACAGGUUUCUACUCUGGACCUCCACGACCGAAACACAUCUGUUCUUCUUUCUCUGCUGUUGAAAUUGGUUAUUUUAAUGUAUAUAAAUAGUUUUUUUUAAAUAAAUAUUUUUACUAGUUGGGUGUUCAUGACCAUUUGUGAGAGCAGUUUUGUUGAUCUGCUUAUU